GUAUACGCGGAGCUCUAGGGAAUGUCGCAGUUUCAAUAACGGUUGGUUACUCGGUUCGGUCUUGUGAUCUAUCAGCUGAAAGAGGUGCGAAUCUGCUUGUCGCAGAUCUUUCAUCUAUUCUCGAAGAGAAGUGUUACCUAAAAAUAUAUCAGUUUCAAGAGACGACGACGAAAAUGGUUGAACGUGUGAGCAUUAAAGAGAUGAUACCGGCUCUGCCGGAGGAGAAGAUAGAUAUGCUAGCAGCAACUAGCAUACUUCAACAGCAAGCUGCUGACAUCAGAAAUCAGAGACCCAAUUGGCAGUCGUAUCAACAAUCUCAAAUGAUAUCUAAAGAAGACUACGAUUUCCUAGUUGCUUUCGACACAAGUGAUCCUCAUGUCAGGGAAGCGAAACUGAAGGAAAACCCUCAUCAAGCUGCUAAGACUUUCCUCAAUCUACUUGGCCACGUUUCAAAAGAUCAAACUAUACAAUACAUCCUCACGAUGAUCGACGAUAUGCUUCAAGAAGAUCGUAGCCGCGUGGAGAUCUUCAGAGAGCAUUCGAAUCGUAAACGGGAGUCGGUGUGGGGACCGUUCCUGAAUCUCUUGAACAGACAAGACGGCUUCAUAAUGAAUAUGACGUCGAGGAUCAUUGCCAAGCUGGCUUGUUGGAGCCACGAUUUGAUGGAGAAGACCGAUCUCCAGUUCUACUUAACGUGGCUGAAGGAUCAACUGAAGCUAAGCUUCGAGGCUCUGCAAAACAUGAAUUUGAAUGCGGGAGUAGAUCAAGGCCACAUUACGGACAAGGAGGCUCACGAGUUACACGAACUGCAAAAUCCGAACAACGAGUACAUUCAGUCCGUGGCGCGUUGCUUGCAAAUGAUGCUGCGCACGGACGAGUACCGUUUCGCGUUCGUAUCCGUCGACGGAAUCUCCACUCUGCUCAGUGUUCUAACGGGCAGAGUGAACUUCCAAGUGCAGUACCAGCUUAUAUUUUGCAUAUGGGUGCUCACCUUCAAUCCACUGCUCGCAGAAAAGAUGAACAAAUUUAGCGUUAUUCCCAUCCUAGCCGAUAUACUGAGCGAUUCUGUCAAAGAGAAAGUGACUCGUAUUAUCUUAGCAGUAUUCAGAAACUUGAUCGAGAAGGUAGAAGACGCACAGGUAGCCAAGGAACACUGCAUCGCGAUGGUGCAGUGCAAAGUAUUGAAACAGCUUUCGAUCCUCGGCCAACGAAAAUUCGAUGACGAAGACAUCACCGAUGACAUUGAAUUUUUGAACGACAAACUGCAAGCGUCAGUUCAAGACUUGAGCUCCUUCGACGAGUAUUCGACCGAGGUGAAAUCCGGACGCCUCGAGUGGUCUCCUGUUCACAAGUCCGGCAAAUUCUGGCGCGAGAACGCCAGUCGGCUGAACGAAAAGAAUUACGAGCUCCUUCGUAUUCUGGUGCACUUACUGGAGACCAGCAAGGAUCCCUUGGUCCUCAGCGUGGCCAGCUUCGAUGUAGGGGAAUACGUUAGACAUUAUCCACGUGGCAAACACAUAAUUGAACAGCUUGGUGGCAAACAACGAGUCAUGCAGUUGUUGAGCCACGAAGAUCCUAAUGUAAGAUACGAAGCUCUUCUCGCGGUUCAGAAGCUGAUGGUGCACAAUUGGGAGUACUUGGGGAAGCAGUUGGAGAAAGAGCAAACUGGAACGUCUGGUGCACCGGGUGCUAAACCUGGCGCACAAGUUCCGGCUAAAGCUUAGACAGAGUUACAGGACUCGUGAUUGUAAGUGUGGCUUGAUAUUUGUACAUUUUGCCUUCUUCAGAUAUUAUACGUUCAAAUGAUUUACACCGCGGGUAAGAACGAAUUGUUAUACUUAAGGGAAAAAGAAAACGCGAUCUUGAUAUUGAAAAAUCACGGUUUAAAAGAAGUUACAUUCCUUCGUGUUCCGAGUCUGUAGUUACGUGUAGAUAAAAAAAACAGUAUAUAGGUAUAUACAUAUAUAUAUUUACAUAUUCGAACGAAUCUGUUCGGUUCGUUCUAAUCGGAUCCAGUAAACCCUAAUGAAAUGUACAUAAAUGUUGCAAAGAGGAGAAUGAGGCGAGUGUAGAAAGUGGUGUUGAUGGAAUUUGUAAGUAAAGUGUUUAUGGAAUGUUAGGUAAAAUAAAGUAUUAUUAUCGCUAGA